UACCCAGAUGACCCGUUUGAUAGAAUAUGGCUAUCCGACUCAAUAAGAAAAGCAAACUACCUUGUCGAUGUUGCUGAUGGAACUGAGAAAAUAUCGACCCGAAUGCCCAUAGACGUGAGCCGAGACGAGAUGCCGCCCGAGAAAGUCAUGCAGACAGCUGUCGUGGGCCGAAACGGGUCGCUCACAUACCGCAUGAACCUUGACGGGUUUCCUGGGCCUGGUUGGGCCUUCACUUACUUUGCAGAAAUCGAGGAUUUGGGCCCGGGUGAGGCCCGAAAGUUCAGGUUGGUUCUUCCGGGGGCCCCUGAUCUCAGCAAGGCUGUAGUGAACAUUCAAGAAAAUGCGCAGGGAAAAUACCGUUUGUACGAGCCGGGUUAUUACAACAUCACGCUGCCGUUUGUUUUGUCUUUUGGAUUUGCGAGGACGUCAGAUUCUACGGCGGGCCCGCUUCUGAAUGCGAUGGAGAUAAAUAGGUAUCUGAAGAAGAGUGAUGGCUCUGCAGAUGGUGAGGAUGUGUGUGUAAUUUCUUUGAUACGUGAUGUUGAGCUGAUUGAAUUACCGAUUGCUUCAAAUACUUUUGCUAUUGCAAAC